GUGAUAGAGUGUUGGUGAUUUUUUUAAAGUUAAUUUCUUAAUUAAAGUAUUACAAAAUGGUGGUUAAGAAAUUAGAAAAGGUGUCAUAUGAAGAUGCUCUUGAGAUGACGGGCUUUGGCAAGUUCAACUAUCUAAUGCUCGCACUUGUGGGCAGCAUGAUCAUGGGCAUGGCCUCCGAGAUCUUCUCCGUAUCGUUCCUUGUGACAGCGAGCGCCUGUGAACUGGCCACUGUCAGCUCCCAGCAGGCGCUCAUAGCAGGCACUCCUUUAGUCGGUAUCAUAGCAUCGUCUCAUUUCUGGGGUUACCUAGCAGACACGCAGGGCAGGCGCAAGAUACUCAGCGUGUCGCUGUUGACAGGGUUUGGUGCGGGUUUCCUCGCCACCUUUUCACCGAAUUGGAUUGUUUACAUGCUCCUUAAGUUUGCCUCGUCAUGUGGCGUGGCCGGUACGUACGCGCUAGCGCUCACCCUGCUCGGUGAGUGCACGCCACACACGAAGAGGACCACUAUGAUCGCUUACACCACUAGCAUCUUCCUCAUCUGCACCGGCUCCAUGGCAAUUAUAACAAUACCAGUGCUGCCGCUUACGUUCUCAUAUUACAUCCCGUACCUGAAUAUACACUUCAAUUCCUGGCGACUGCUUAACAUCAUCUACUGCAUCCCGUGUGCUCUAAGCGGGCUCGGUGUACUCAAGUCCUACGAAAGUCCCAAGUACUUGCUCAGUGUGGGAGAAGAAGAUAAAGCUUUAGAAAUACUGAGAGGAAUAAAUGCUAUUAACAACGGGAAAGACGCCGAAUUCAAGGUGAUGUCAGUGACCUUAGACGAAGACAGAAAAGCAACUGACGUGGUAGGCCUGUGGGCGUCACUUAAAUCGCAAACGACGCCGCUACUCAAACCUCCGCUUUUGAAGAAAACUUUGCUACUGUCUUUGUUGUUUAUCAUUGUUUAUUUUUGUUUGAACCCGUACAUGGUAUGGCUGCCGUACAUAGCGGACGGUAUGAUGCGCGCCAUAGAACGAGACGACAGUAACAUCACAUUCUGUCAAAUGCUGCAGACUUCACUUGACGUCACUAAGACACAGACAGCGAAUUGCGGCUUGGAUCAAACCGCCAUGAUAAUGGUGUUCUGUAUUGAUGUUUUCAUGGCUAUACUGAACUUAAUCCUGACCACAAUUAUGACUUGUACUGGAAGGAAAACACUUCUUAUUUCACUGCAGCUAUUGUCUGGGGUAGCGGGUCUGCUGGUGAACUUAAGUAGCAGUUGGAUUGUUAGCAACAUCCUCUUUAUCAUCUACGUGUCAGGGGUUCUCAACUUUGGUUUCCUGGCUACAUUCGUCGUCGAUGUUUUCCCUACAUAUGUCAAGGCGAUGGCGGUGUGCCUGUGCUUAAUGGUGGGACGUGGCAGCUCGGUUCUAGGCAUCAACAUCCUUAAGGCGCUGCUGACCGACCACUGCCAGCUCUCUUUCUACGGCUUCGCUGGACUUGCUAUAGUUGGAGGGCUGAUAAGUUUUCUUCUGCCAUCGGACUUAAAGAAAAAGAAGAAUGUCGAACCUUAAUCUGUUAUUUAUAAGUAUUUUAUGUAAAUGAUAUACGCUGGCUGUGAUAAUGACAUUUAAUGAAUACGGGGCGAGAGAGAAGUAAAAUCAAUUUAAAAAUUGAAAGCGCAAUAAUAUAAUAACAAUACGUUAAAGUUUGUAUUUAAGAAAUAAAAAUGCUGUAAAACGCUAAUCUUUUAAAAUUAAAUUCUUCUAAGACUUGUUUUAUACGUAUUGUUGUCUCAAUUUUGUUAAAGAGUGUGAAAGAGAUGGCAACAUGUUUGUACACAAGUGAAAUGUAAAGC